UCAUCCUUUCUAAACACAUAGUCUCUUCGCGCUCGCACAAGCUCCCGUUCGCACUGGUUACUCUGCCGGAGUAACGAACCUGCCAUUGCAUAACACGCCGCAGGAGAUCCAGCCAUACUACCACUUACACUAGCAAUAUGGACAGCUUGAAGCGCAGAGCUGAUGAUGAUGUUGAUGGUCGAACCGAAAAGCGCGUCAAGAAGCAAUGGCGCGUGCCCCGCAAGAACGAUCGAGGUGCGGUAAAUGCUCGGGCGAUUCAGCCUGGGGACAGCGGCAUCUGGGCUACUUGCAACAAGGGCCGGGAAGGCAAGUGUGUCGGAGAGCUUUACGACCUUCUGGCUGAAUAUGCUGAGCUGCUGUACGCGGAUCAGCUGGCACCGGAUGCCAACGAUACAGUCGCAGAUGAUGAUGCAGACGAUGGCGCAGACAUCGAGAGCAACAUUCGAGCAGAAGUUGACGGUAUCCGCAAACCUUCGACGAUCCAGUUGUUCACCUCUGUGAAGGUGGAUGUGCAAUGCGUCGUCUUUUUCAAGACCGUCGCUCCCGUACAGCCGGUCGCACUUGUCCAGCGCAUCUGCGAGGACGCGCAAAACCAGAGAGCUCUAAAACGUACGAGAUUCGUCAAACGCUUAUCUCCCAUGACUUUAAUGGGCCGAGCUUCUGCGGAGGGCUUAGAGAGCGUCGCGAAGCAGGUUCUGGCGCCACACUUCCACCAGCAGCCAUUUCAAUCGAGAAGGUUCGCUAUACGGCCAACAUUGCGAAAUCAUAACACACUCUCCCGGGAUCUUGUCAUAAAGCAAGUGGCUGGCCUUGUGGGGCCGGGCCAUAUCGUGGACUUAAAGAACUACGAACUUCUGAUCGUAGUCGAAUUGUAUGCGAACAUCUGCGGCGUUAGCGUCGUCAACAACACUUUCGAGGAUCUGAAGCGGUUUAACCUGGCCGAGAUCUUCGAUCCGACAGCGAAAGAAGCCGCGGAAGAAGGCAAGAAGACGUUAGCGCAAAGCGAUACUGACGCCAAUCAGGGUACCGGGACUCCCGCCGUGAUGACUACGCUGCCGCAAGCCAUGGAGAUCAGCUAAAGUCUGAUGCCGGAAUCGGCUACAAGCCCGAACCUGUCAGGUUCUACGAAGAUGUCUCAGUCGUGGAAAAGGCAAGCACACGUGCAAUUUCGGCCGAAAGAGCAGACGCGCGUCGUUGAAGGAUGCCAGAGUCCGGUCCCUCACUCAGGACAUGUGACGUUCGAAGCUUAUCGGCCGUGACUAUGUUGCAUUCGCUUGCUCGAACUGUAUCUGGCGCUAGCGCUACUAGCUACCGAGAUCUGCCGUCCCGUCAACCCGGUCGUUGGGUCGAUCCACGAUAGAUCCUUGCAAGUUGCACAGCUUUACCGCGCUCUCGGAGUCAAUAAAAGUGACUAGGGAGGCAUUGCACGCUGAAGGCUCGAAAUGCUGCACAGUAAUUUGUGAGUGCAUACUCCGAAGGAUGCAUGGAGAACACGAGCGGCUUUGCCAGCCCACGCGUUCUCCGUUCGGUUUCAAAAGCCGAGAGC